AUGCAGACAUUUCACUUUGAUGAUGUUGAAGACCUUCAUUCAAGAUUCCAGGCAUUCAGUACUGAGAUUAAUAGGAGUAGUGCACCCUAUAUAUUGAAGCUGGCUAAUAGGCUGUACGGAGGAAAGACAUACACCUUUUUGCAGGUAAGUUGCUUGCUGGACUGUAAAGGAACUUUGAGAACUUGCUUGGCCACCAGAAUUGCUUUCUAUUACCCUAGAUUAGCUUUGCCCAAUCUGGUACCCUCCAGAAUGUAUCAGACAGGUACAGGGGUGUACCUGGUACAGGGGUGAUAGGAUUUGUAGUCCAAAAUAUCUGGGUGUCAGCAGGGUGGAGAAAGGGGUUCUAGACUCUGUUAUUUAAUGAACUCAUCAAUACAAUUAUUCUUGGUUGUUGAAUCUUCAAUAAAUUCAAACAAAGUGACGUUGUGUGUUGCAGUCCAGUGAGCUGAUAGGUCCACUCUAAAACAUCUGUUGUUUGAAUGCUUUUUUAAAAAAAAAAAUGCACACACAAAUGUUGCUGUUCCAAUAAGGAUAGGGCAGUGGAAGCUGGUCCAUUGAGAUGAAUGGGGCAGUCCGUGCUCCACCAACCUGUCUGCCCUCAUCCAGCCCCCACCUGCCUGCCUUCUAACAAGGGAGUGGCACUCUUUCCACUCCGGAAUGGGAGGAUUAAUUGCAUCUUCCAAUCCAAUUGGGUGACUAAAAGGUUUUAUUGCCCACUGACAGCUAUCCUCUAUGUUUUCUCCAGGAUUUUUUGGCUGGCACUCAGAAGUUCUACAGAGCUGAGUUAGCCACAGUGGAUUUCCGAUAUAAUUCAGACAAUGCACGAAAACAAAUCAACCAGUGGGUUAAGGACCAAACUAAAGGUGAGUUCUUAUCUCAGCUUUCCAAAUCUUUUACUAAGAAGAACAGCCAACACCACUUUUCUCUCUCUUGCAAUUUGCAGUAUGUUCCAUUGCUUGUCAACCUCAUUUGCCAUGAUUUCAGCAGCCGUGGCAAAAAAUUAAAAAACAACAACAAAAAAACAACAGUAAAUUAAAACCCCUUCUCUCUCUCUCUCUCUCACACACACACACACACACACGAUUUAAGAGUGUGUUGUAGAAGCCUUCACUGUUGGGAACAGCAGCUUAACCAAGGUUGCAAUUCUGUGCACAUUUACCUGGAAUAAUCUAUUGUGAGUACCAUGGGAUUAAAUUUUGAGAUGAAUGGGACUGGUCUGGAAAUAAAAUGCCACUGAAGUAGCAGGCUGGCUGCUGUUGGAAACUGAAAUCUCAACUAAAUAUAAUCCAGUAAAACCAUUCUUCACACUUUAUUUAACCUUACCCAGGCAAAGUAGAAAACCAUUAGGACUGCUUUGUACUAAGAGGAAAUCUGGCAAGGAGUCUAAAUUCCGUCAUCCCCAUAGCAUGUGUGGGGAACAUUUGGCCUUCCAGAUUUUCCAUACCCACAACUCCCAGCAGCCCAAGAAGCAUGACUAGGGAUAAUGGGAUUUGUAGGUCAGCAACAUUUGGAGAGCCAAAGGUUUCCCACACCGCUCCUGCUUUAUUGUGUGAAUGGGGACACAUGUGAUACUUGACUUCCAAAUGGAAGUCCUCCAGUUUGAUGGCAUCCAGUUUGAGUUCGGUGUUCCUGAUUCAACAGAAACUUGAGCCAAACCCCAAAAACCCAGGCGAUUGUCAACAGCCAGGGAGUAAAAGCAGCCCUGUUAGAUAGAACAACUGCCACCACUCCUCUUUCACUCCUGUUUUGUUCAUUCAUUCAUUCAUUUAUUGCUUUAUUAAGAUGAAAAAUUAUUUCAAACUGCAAAACUACUUGAGAUCAGGGGAGGUUUCUUGAGGACAUACAAUUCUGCUGUGCACAGCAUCGAUUUGCUAUUUCAAACUUGUAUAAUGUUAUUUUAAAGAGGUUGUCCAUGAAAAGGAAAGGGUAGAUUUGGGCGCUGAACAAAAUAAGGGUGACUCCAGCACAAUUCUACUCCUCUAAUAAUAAUAUUGUUUGUGUAUUGACUCUUAAUAGCUAGAUAAUAUGUUAUGCAACUUUUCCUUCAAGGUAAAAUCUGUGACUUGUUACCCGAACAUUCAAUUGAUAAAUGUACGAAAUUGGUUCUGGUGAAUGCCAUCUACUUCAAGGCCGACUGGGCAGAAAAGUUUCAAGACAAAUUCACUAUGGAGAUGCCUUUUAGACUGAAUAUGGUAAUUGAACGCUUAGUCUAUAAAGAUUUUUUCUUGUACCUCCAACUUGUACAAUGUACAAGGUAUAUAUAGGGCUAAAUAUAUAAUGGUUGAAUUAUCAGGGGUGGAAGGGUUAGUACCACUGAAUCGCAUGAGCUCAAUUGAGCUAUGGCAGGGGUCUGCAACCUGCGGCUCCGGAGCUGCAUGUGGCUCUUUUACACCUUUGCCGCGGCUCCAGGGCGGAUACUAGCGAGGGUAGAAGGCGCAUUGUGCGCCCCGACACUCCCCACUGUGGCAGGCACUGUACUGGCUGUGAUGUCGCAUGGGGGCAGUGCAUGCGUUAGUCACGCACCGUCCCAACGUCACCUUCCCGCCCGCUGUUAGAUCGCGGCUCCGGAGAUAUAUUUGUUUUAAAUGUCUCAAUGGUUUUGCGGCUCCCAGUUUUUUUUUCUUCGGAAACAGGUCCAAGUGGCUCUUUUUGUCUUAAAGGUUGCAGACCCCUGAGCUAUGGGGUUGUAUCCAAGUUAGUCAGGCUAAGGAUAGAUCUAUUAACAUUAAUGGCCAUUACUAAAUUAAUACUCUUAGGUGGAAUCUAGACACGUAAAAAAUAAUGUUGUGAAAAUGCCUUUUAAAAAAAGGUUUUGAAAAAGAUAUUGAAUUUGUCAUAGCUCACCAUCGCCAUCUAUUGUCACAUUUGUAUAAUGCACUUUACAACACACUUAAAAUGUUUUAUUUGCAGCUGUAUAGCUGAGUCUUAGGGUUGCGGGUGGUGCUGCUGGUUAAACCACAGAGCCUAGGACUUGCCAAUCAGAAGGUUGGCAGUUCAAAUCCCCACGACGGGGUGAGCUCUCGUUGCUUGGUCCCUGCUUCUGCCAACCUAGCAGUUCGAAAGCAUGUCAAAGUGCAAGUAGAUAAAUAGGUAUCACUCCGGCGGGAAGGUAAACGGCAUUUCCGUGCGCUGCUCUGGUUCGCCAGAAGCAGGUUAGUCAUGCUGGCCACAUGACCCGGAAGCUGUACGCCGGCUCCCUCAGUCAAUAAAGCGAGAUGAGCGCCGCAACCCCAGAGUCGGCCAUGACUGGACCUAAUGGUCAGGGGUCCCUUUACCUUUUAGCUGAGUCUUAGAAGAGCUGAGUUGGAUGCACCUCACAAUCAAACAUAUAAAAGGUUGCUUGUUCAUGACUAGACGUAGCAGAUUGUGAAUGGCACACUUCGGAAUCCAACCUGGUGUAUUUAUAUGAUUGCAAACAUUUCCCCAUCAAAUUUUAACCAAGAGCAAGCAUUUUAUUGAACUUUCUGGACCAGUUUUCCAUUGGUCAACUUGAAAGCAAAGCACUGGCUAACAGGCUUUGUUUUAGCAUUUCCCUGUCAUUAUUUUAUUGGCCUUGCCAAAGAACAAACAGCUGUGCUGUAAAUUGAUUAUGCUGUUAACGGCUGCAAUCCUGUGCACACUUAGCCCUGGGAGUAAGUUCCAAUGAAUUCAGUUUGACUUUCUUCCAAGUAGGAUUCCUCUGCCAUGGUAUAAAGCACAGCUUCACUCUUGAUAUGUUUUGUUUUGUUUUGUUUUGUUUUGUUUUGUUUACAAGAUCCUCCUUCUCUGUAUGAACUCUUGCAAAUAAAAUAAAAUAAAAUAAAAUAAAAUAAAAUAAAAUAAAAUGAUGGAAGUCUUUGCUUACAUUCUCUUUUUAUAUGAUCAUUGUGUAUUUUUUUAUAUAUUAAAAAAAAACACUAUCCAGAAGGAAAAGAAGAUGGUGAAUAUGAUGUUUCUGAAAAAGAAGCUUCCUUUUGGGCACAUUCCUGAGUGUAGGUGUCGGGUGCUAGAACUUCCUUACAAGGGAAAAGAAUUUAGCAUGAUGAUCCUGCUGCCUGAUGAUAUCGAGGAUAGCUCCACUGGCCUGGAACAGGUGAUUCUGACUUUCUGGUUUCCCCCCUUUCUUCCUCUAAAAUAACCUUUCCAAAUGGUACAUUGCCAAAACCUGUAGUUGCAGUGCAAGUGGCACAGCAACAAUAUGUUCAAUUCAUUCUCUCUCACUCUCUCUCUCUUUAAAUUGCAGCUGGAGAAGCACCUCACCUUAGGAAAGCUCCUAGAGUGGACACACCCGGCAAAGAUGGAAAACACUGUAGUUUAUGUGCAUCUGCCUAAAUUUAAACUGGAGGAGAGCUAUAACCUCAAAAAUGACUUGGCAGCGUUGGGACUGCCGGAUAUCUUCAACAGCGAAAAGGCAGAUUUGUCUGGAAUGUCAGAAGCCCGGAAUCUCUAUGUGUCCCAUAUUGUUCACAAGUCAUUUAUAGAAGUGAAUGAAGAGGGAGCAGAAGCGGCGGCAGCAACUGCUGUUGUUAUUACAACAACAUGCACCUCUACACAUAUUAUGGAAGAGGAUUUCAACGCUGACCACCCUUUCCUGUUUUUUAUCCGCCACAACCCAGCAAGAAGUGUACUUUUCUUUGGCAGGUUUGCUUCUCCAUGA